AUAUAAGCGUAUACAAUACGGCAUCCACUCAAACUUAGUGAAGUGUUCUACAAGUUAAACCAACAGUGACAUCUAGGAGAAACGCUUAUAAACCAUGGAAAGCAAAUUGGCAAAAUCCUGUUGUUGCGGCACAAACUGCAAAUGCGAAAACUGUUCCUGUAAUUGCGGUUCGUCCCCCGAUGCGUGUACCUGCGAAAACUGCUGUUGCAAAAAAUCGAAAUGUUGUUGCGGCGAUAAAUGCACAUGCAAAAAUUGCACGUGUUCGUGCGGAUCAGAUUCCGGAAAGUGUUCCUGUUCCGACUGUUGCUGUAAAAAAGAAUCGCGUAAAUGUUGUUGCGGCGAUAGCUGCAAUUGCCAAGACUGUUCCUGCAGCUGCGAAUCAACUUCUUGUUCCUGCAAAAGCUGCGGUUGCAAAAAGGAAUCUUCGAAAUGUUGUUGCGGCGAUAAAUGCGGGUGCGAAGGAUGUUCUUGCAAAUGCGGCCCGAAUUGUUGUUGUACUGAAUGUUCUUGCAAAACGGGAACUAAGAAGAGUUGCGGAGGAGGAUCUUGCGGAACAACCUCAACUUCUUGUUGUAAAAAAUAAUUAGCUUUAAGGAAAAUAAAAAUACUUUAUUUAGAAAUGUUCAUUGAAAAAUAAAUAUUAUUUUAUGUUGUAAUACUUAAUACCAAUAAAGAUUAUAUUAUCAAGGUUUUAAAUGUG